AGCAUAGAGAACAUCUUCUAGAAAGACAAAAUGGCACCCAUUCUCUCUCCUCAGACGCCUCAUGGUUUUUGCUCUGUUGCAUUGCUUUUGCGCGGUGUUUUGCUCUUGCUUCCGAGGACAGUCCUUGCAGAAGCCGUGAUCGCGGUGCCCGAGAAAGAGGAGCUACACAGAGCAAACCAGGCAGCUCCUCCUGCAGUGCGACCCGGAGGAAUUUCGGUGGGCGAUGCGCGGGAAUUUUUCCAGACGGAUUUGAAAUCCCUCGUCUCUUUUCGCGUUUUACCGAAGCCAGGACGAUCUUCUCCUUCUCAAGUUGUACGCACUUCAGAGCGGGGGCCUGAGGAGCCACAAGAAGACGAUGAUGUCGUGAAACGUGGCUUGAGGAAGAAGGUGGAAAUCCUCGAUUUCUACCCGAUUCGCAGCGACAAGCAGUUCAACGACACUUUGGAUUUUGCGGCAAAACUGAUUUACUUCGAAAACCGCUAUGGCGGCGUGACCGGGGUCUUGCGAACCGAUGUGGAAGAUGAGGACCUGCGGCUGGUGAAAAACGACCAGGGAGGCGACCGCAUGUCUCGCAGUCUGACUCUAACCUUGAACCUACGCUGAGUAAAAACCGGUACCCAUAAAAGUACCCCAUAAUUUUGAUUGAACUAGAUCUAGUGGUGCCAUCCAUGUGCUGCAGGAGGGGUCUGCUGUGGCAUUUUUGCAUGAGCGGCGUUCUACUCUGGUGGUGUUUGAGACGACGAUGAACUUCUUGUCGUGUCUCCUAAGUAAGCAGGUGUCAAGAUUCGACAAUAGUACCUGAGUAUACAUAUCAUAAGACUGGGCUAAAUGCUUGGCACCAGAAACUUGUGGAUUUGCAUUUGUCUUCAGGCAAUACUCCCACUUGAACGUUGGGUCCGGUACGUAGUUUUUACUCAGGAUAGAACCCGCACGCCUGGUUUUCGCACAGCUACGCGUUCGGCUACACGGUGCAUUUGCAGCGCUGGGUCAGACGGUGGGUGGCAACGGCAGUGAAGGCCUAUAAGGUAGACAACUUGAAAAGUGCCGGCGCCGAGGACAGCAGCACGGAGACCAGAAGCUCUUCACGAAGGAGCACAACGAGCUCGACUCAGUCGAAGACGCAAGAACGAGAAGCAAUGAAAGCGUUUCUGCAUGAUCACAAAGACGCGAUGUCUUUCGCGAUGGCCGAAGUGGGGAUACUGUCCGGAACCGGGCUAGCUUUGUGGCACACAGUGUGGAACGAAAUGCUGCUGCCCAAGCUGGAGGAAGGAAUUCUCGCGGAAUCUGAAAAGUCCGUUUCAAUAUCGAACGACGGCGCAGAGGUUCUUGAGGCCACGACUGGAAGUGAAAGCGAAGAAGCAACGACAGUGGUAGCAGAUGUUCAACAAGUAGUCCGUGCAGAUGAUGCAGUACAACUGCAAGAAGCAGAAACCCCCUCAAAUAAGAACUCAAACAAUUUCCAGCUUUUCGGGUUCGACCUCGACCCCACCGUGUAUGCGCAGAACGCAGCAAAUUUGGUGCAACGGGGCGCUUUUCAGCUUGGAGAGGGAUUGCGGACGCAACUGCAGAAGCCUACCGGUACAAAAGCGCAACAGGGAAAAGACCAGGACCAUUCUGUCUCUAGCAGUGCGGGAAGAGGUGAAAGUCAGUCUGGUGUUCAUCCAGCACCAUCUACCAGUAGCGCGAGGACCUCCACGCAGUUUUUGAUAUUGCCCUACGUGUACAAGUUUGUGCAGGGCCUCUCAGUCUGGUUGAACCGGCAGCGGGUGCGGAAUUCUAUUCGGCACGCAAAAAUGAGUGUGAAGAGCAGGAUGUUGCUGAACAAAAGCGGUGCUGGACAAAACUAUCGGGAAGAUGAUGGUGCUACUUUUCCUCCUUCCAACCUCGGAGGAACCUCCAGCAUGGUCAGAACGACUGCACCGACGGCAAUAUCUUCCGCACCAGACCCGAUAAAUUUCUUCGACAUGAAGAACAUAGACGCGCCCUUUGAUGGGGACGGAGGUACGUCGGCGACUGACGGAUCUCCACUUGAAGGUGCCGGACCGGGUCGGGCGGGCGCUGUGGCUACCUCCAUUGACGUUGAGCCGGAAGUCGAAGCACAGGAUAAAGAGCCAAGGGUACAGAACAAGGAACGCGUAUCAGCGAGCCCUGCUGCCCGUCCACAACUAUCAGCAAAUACUACUUUCCACUUGCUGAUCGACGACGCGUACCAUUCGGACGAAUCGAUACUGCACACGUUUGAAGUUUUCCACCCCUUCUUGCAGCGCCCGUGGACGUUCUUCAUCGAAGACAACUGUGGGGCGGUCUACCCGCUGGCCGAUCGCCUUUUCGACAAAGCGCGGCCCUACGACGGCCAGGAUACCGUGGAGCUGUUUUAUCCUCGGAAAGACACUUAUUCGUGAAUGCUGUAGAAGUCCUGAGCAGCUCAACUUCCGACUUGACUGGGAACAAGUUCUUGGCUUGCGGCGUUUGCAUUUUACGAAGUGUGUUUCCUGGGAUAGAUAUGACACGAGAAGCGCAAUGAAAACAGCUGCCCGGAACGACGAUGCAUGGAAAGUGCGUUGUUCAUGAAGCUUUGCAGAACGGAAAAAUACAAAAGUCAUUUUCACUUGAUGGGAGCUCCUCGGGACGAUUUCAAAAAUUUCAUACGCGCCUUCACAAGACGGACAGACCAAACGACUGCCUCAUUGUUGUAGAGACGACUUGAAAGUCAAGAUAUAUUUCUGUACUUCAAUACUACUAAAGCUAAACCGCAUAUUGCUGAGUUACACGUUUCCACACCAUGAGGUGUGCUGGACAGCCGACAAGCUACUGCGCGAUACCAUCCUAGCGCCAGAACGACGAGAAGGAGCAGAUACAUUUUCACAGGUUGAAAGAGAAGUAAUAAGCAGGUUUGGUACUGCUCUCGCGUUGCAAUGCAGAUCCUGCUCUUUGUGGGGUCUUAUUUUGAAAACCUGGUUGUAUAAAGCACUUAUGGAUCAUGUUCCAUCAGCAAGAAAAC